CGGAAAGUUGUUUAGGAUACUUCUCAGGAUACCAAAAUGGCUGCUGCAGACGACUCUGACAUACCGGAAAGUGGAGCAGUCUUUACUUUUGGAAAAAGCAAGUUUGCAGAAAAUCUUCCAAAUAAGUUCUGGGUGAAAAAUGAUCAAGUGAAGCAUAUUGCCUGUGGAGAUGAACACACUGCUCUUAUUGCAGAAAGUGGAAGAGUUUUUAUGUUUGGACACAAUGACUGGGGACAACUGGGCAUUGGACCACAGAAAAUAGCUGACAGACCUUCCUGUAUAAAGUUACUGAAACAGGAAAAAUCACAGCUUGUUGCUUGUGGACGUUCACACACCAUUAUUGCAACAGAGUCAGGUAAAGUUUACACAUUUGGCUCCAAUAGUGAUGGUCAGCUGGGGACAGCUGGUGGAUCAGACACCAGUGUACCACAGCAGGUCAAAAAGCUAGGACCAGCUAACUACAAGAUGCUGGGAGCAGGAGUUUAUCAUUCUAUGGCACUAACAGAGGAUGGAAAGUUAUUUGUUUGGGGAGCAAAUGGAGAAGGGCAGCUUGGUCUGGGAGAAAUAGACCCAUGUCCAGAGCCUCAAGAAUUGGUUGUGGGCCAACGGAUCACUUGCAUUUCUUGUGGUUAUUACCACAGUGCUUUAGUGACAGAGAAUGGAAAACUGUACACUUUUGGAGAGAGUGAAAAUGGGAAGCUAGGUUUAGGAGACUCUGUCAUAGAAGCUAACAUACCUCAGCAUGUGUCAACCAUUCCAGAAAAAGUGAAAUCUGUAUCUUGUGGUGGUUCUCAUACUAUGGUUCUGACAGAAGGUGGAAAUAUUUAUGCAUUCGGUGAUGGAUCAAGUGGGCAGUUAGGGUUAGGAGUGUCAAGACUUGAAUCCUCAUCACCCUGUCUUCUCAAGCUGCCUUUCAAGGUUUCCCUUGUCAGCUGUGGGGAAAAUUUCACUGCUCUUGUAUCAGAAAAAGGACAGUUAUACACAUUUGGAGAUGGGCGGCAUGGAAAACUAGGACUUGGAAUGGAAAGUUUUGCAAACCAAUUCAAGCCUUCUCGGGUUGAGAGGUUUUCUAAAUUCAUAGUCAAUUCUGUUGCAUGUGGGGGGUGCCACAUGAUUGUAACUGCCUUGCCAAAAUUGGAAAAUGGAGACAUCGAGAGUGAAGAUGAGGAGAUCAAAGAAGAUAAAACACAUCUGAAUGGAACACUUAAAGUGAAUGGCAGCUUGGAACUUUCUGGUAGUUUUUCUGCCAGAGACAGACGCAGGAAUGCUAGUCCUCUUCCACUUCACCGUACUCUACCUGUUCUUGGGGGCAGCCGUGGCCUUCCUGUACUGAAUGCCACAGCACCAGUCUCAAAGAGUGAAGCUUCUCCAGUGAAGAUUGAGGCAGCUCCCAGAAAAAUGCUAAGGACGGUCAAAGUUUCUGUCCCAGAAGGACAAGAUGAAGACUUGUCUGAAGAAGAAAGUGAUGAAGAGAAAAAGACACCCCCAAAAAUAAUUCCAAGAAAAAUGUCUUCAAAGCACUCAGAUGAAGAAAGCCUUGAUGAUAGCAAAGACAGAGAGGGAAAUUGCGAAGAAAAGAAACCUAAAGAUGAUGAAAAUGAAACAGAAGUGGAAGAGGAGGAGAUAGAAGAAGACAUGAAGAAAGACACAGACCUACAGAUAGAGAAAAGUUCAUCUGAAGAAGAAACAGAAAAGGAAGAGGUUAUAAGUAAUGAGGAUAAGACUGAGAACGAUGAUAAAGCUUUGCAGGCUGAUCUUCUUCCUGUUGACAAAGACGAUAACAAGGAUACUGGCGGAGAAAAGAAAGAUGAGGCUGAGGAUGAAGCCUCGGAGUCAGAGUCUGUUGAGGAUGUAAGAAUGGUUACAUUUGAGUAUGGUGUGUGCUAUAGUACACGAGAAGCUUUUUACAUUGGCGUUGCCUUGCUUAUUCACAUCCAGCUUGUUAAGUUGCUUGAAAUUUCUUGCAGAGGGAGCUUGCUUUGGACCCUGAUUCAGUCUCUUCUGUGUCUCUUAAAACUAUAUUAUUUUUUUUUGUUAUUCUCACUGAUUUGCUGGCUUCACUGUUUUCUUAUUUGGGAUAUUUCCACACUAGACAUACAGAGAGAUCAAAAUACUAUACAAAAUACUUUUUCAGAGCACUUGGUUAUAUUUUUUUUCUUACUAAACCUUCACAUUCCCCAGCUGACUGAAAAGCCAGUACCACAUCCACGAUCUAAGGAAGAAGAUAAAGAGAAAGAAGGGAAGGAAAGUGAAGAAGAAGAAGAGGAUGAAGAAGAUGAAAGAGAAGAGGAAGAAAUCAAAAAGAAAGGGAAAGAGAAGAAGUCAAAGAAAGAAAAAAAGGAGGACAAAAAAGGAGAACAGGAGGAAGAGAAAGAAGGAAAGAAGAAAGAUAAAAAGAAAAAAGACAAAGGAAAGAAGGAAAAAAAUAAGGAAGAGGAGGAGGAUAAAAGUGGUGAUGGCAAGAAAGAUAAAGAUGCAAAAAAAGAAAAGAAAGGCAAAGAUAAGAAAGUCACAAAAGACAAGAAGAAAGGAAAGGAAGAUAUGAAGGAGGAAAAAGAAGAAGAGGAGGAAGAUGAAAAAGAGGAAGAGGAGGAAGAGGAAGACAAGGGAAAUGCAAAGAAAGAGAAAAAAAAGAAGAAAGAAGAUGUAGUUGAUGAGGAAAACAAUGAGAACAAGGAUAAAAAGAAAGACAAGAAUGCAAAAGAUGCGAAAAAAGAUACAAAGGACGAAGAUGCUAAGAAAGACAAUGAAGAGAAGAAAGAGGAAACCCCAGUAACCAAGAAAAGGUCAAGGCUGUGCAUUAUCUUGUGAGGGAACACAGGGUCUGUUUAUUGGAUGAAACCCUAUAUGGCAGCUCCUCAGAACCAGGUUUAUUCAGACUGGGACCAAGGCCAGGUCAGAGGUGGCUCAGAUUCAUGUCCUGAUUUCUACACCUUCUUAGCCUGAGAUAGUCACCAGCUAAAUUAUGCACUACAGCAAUGAAAUACCAUCCUGCAUUUGUCUCACUGAGUGGUUUCAGAAAUAGUUUGUAUCCUGCAAGAGCAGGCUCGAAGGCACUUCUGCUGCAAUCAGUUUUACCUUGAGUGAUGUUUAAUAUUUGCAUACAAUAAGAGCCAGGCAUAGUAAAGUGAAUAUCCAUUUUUAGGUGAAGAGAGAAGAAGUGUUCCUUUGAUUGGUUAAAAAUCAAAUGGCAGUGAUAACUCCAGUAAUCAAAUCAGAUGUCUUUUUUUUUUUGCCCCUAAGUGCUUAGAGGGUGCACUUAUCGCUAGAUCAUCAAGACUUCUAUUUCAAAGGUUGUGGAAAUGUCCACUUUCAUGACUAAGCAUGCCAUGAUAGAAUAUGACUAGCAGCUUUGUAGAAAAAUCUGCUUGUAUGAUGGCUGUUCUCAGGUACUCUGGUUUCCUCAGCUGUGUGUGUGAGAGAGAGCGAGAGAGCUAUGAUUUCAAUGAUAAUGAAUGAAUUUGUAAGAAGCAUUGAAUGUCUGCUAAUAGUGUGUGCUGAUGCAAUUUUGUGUAUGUAAAGCAUCUGAGGCUGUCUUUGUUGAUGUGGCAAAAUACUAUAUAAAUUAAGAUUAUUAUGAUUAUUAUGAAACAUUGACUGUUGUUUUGAGCCUGUAGUGAUUUUAUGAAGGAUAGGGGUGAGUUGGAAAGGACAUGAGGAACAGGCACUUUAAUCUGCAUGCCUACUGGUGACAGGAACAUAUUAAUCUGCAUGCCUACUGGUGACAGGCUAGUGAAUAGAACAGGUUAAGCAUAGGAAAGGGACUGAAUAAUCUGUACAACAGAUUAGGUACAUCAUGAGAUAAAGAAUUUGUAAACCGUCCUUGCUAUAGAUUGAAUGACUCCCAUAUUGUUGUAGAUGUAUGUCUACUUGACUGAUGAUAUUUUGAGCAUAACUUUGAUUGCUUUCCUUAUCCUGGUUCAAAUAUGCCAGCAAAAUCUGUGAUAUUCAUGGUGCAAGCUCAAGAUCUGAAGCCUUGUUUGUUAUGUAUAAUUGGAAACAGUAACUUCCAAGAUAUUUGUGGUAUGAAUGAUGUUGAUUUGUUAGGGUGGGUGUGUAUGUGUGUGUCUAUUAGUAACACUUGAUGAUUGCAUAAAAGUUGAACAGAGGUAAUUACUGACCUUUAUGCCAUUUUGAUUUCAUUGUAUUUUCUUUUUUUGUAUGUGCAUAUUUGUCUAUCUCUGGGCAUGUCUUUAUUUGCAUGUAUGCUGCCAUACAUUUGUGUAUUUUUUGUUUUUAAGUGACAGAAGAAUGAAUGGAUUUUGUUUUUGUGCAUGUUUUUGUGCAUGCGCACAUGUGUGUGUUCACAUAUACAAGUAAAUUUGAGGGAAGAAGAAAGGUGGCAGUUGGAGGGGAACAUGCAUGUUGUUACUUGAUCACCUGUAUGUAAUUAUAUGAAACCACAUGCAUAGCAAAGAUCUUUUUUAUGACUGGUGCAGGUUGUGUAGUAAUUCAGUGAUCUUCUUGAUGAUAUUAUAAAGUUACUGAUAUAAAAAUGACUGUGGUGGAUUUCUGGAGACAAAAGUGAAUACUUAAGAGAUUUUAUACAAAAUCUUGGUAAUGUCAGAGCUGUUUACCCUUAUGAUUUUUCAUGAUUUAAAUUUUUACAAAAUAUUUUACCAUGUUCAAAUAAGUCUCAUUAUUGUACUUUUUCUGUUUUAUCCUUUAGAUUCAGCAGCAAUUUUGCAGCUUAUUCGGGAUUUUCUGUGCAUCUCAUGUGUAUUUCUGUGUUCAGUAAUAGUUGAAUCCAUGUAAGUGGUUAUCUGUUCAUUAGAAAGGUGCGGACAGACACAUAGUGGUAUAAAGGACAUCUUUGAUGUGUGCCGAAGAUGUUAAAAAUGAUUGAACCAUUUGUGAA